AAAGGCAGAGAAGUCCACCUCCCUGUCUUCUGGGUUUGGGCUUCCCUUUCCCACCUCAUGUCGCUCGACUACGGGUUUCCCCUCCAGUUACUCAACAGCAUAUUGCCAAUAACAGCCGACCAUGCUGUCAUUCAAGCCCUUUUCCAAUGUUGCUGGUAGGAAUUCCGCAUCACUUUUCCAGGUCCGGUUGGACAAGGACUUCAUAGUUUUCCGCGGCUCCGAAGCCGAGUCUGCUGGUCAGACUCUCAAGGGCUCUGUGGUUCUCUGCUUGUCUUCCCCCCUCAAAGUCGAGGCUGUUCACCUUCGGCUUACCGGCAACCUGCGCUUUUCGUGGGACUUGUCCAAACCGGUUGCGCCAGGCAUCUCCGGCCAUAGAGUCGACAGGAAUAUCGAACUCCUCAAGCACAGAUGGCAGCCCUUCGUCAAGGGCCACAGCGGCGAGAAGGUGGUGCUGGAACCGGGUAACUACGAAUGGCCUUUCAAGCUGGACUUGCCAGGCGACAUGCCCGAAAGCGUCGAAGGUAUACCGGAGGCGAGCAUCAUGUACCGACUGAAAGCCACCAUCGUCCGCGGCAAGCUCUCGCACGACAUGCACGCCUAUAAACCAUUGCGCAUCAUACGAACGCCCGAGCCCGGGGCCCUCGAGUUUCUGCAUGCCAUGAGCGUCGAGAACAUUUGGCCGAACAAGGUCGACUACUCCAUUAUCGUUCCUCAAAAGGCGGCCAUCUUCGGCGCCUCGAUCCCGUUGGAGCUGCGCUUCACGCCGCUGUUGAAGGGACUCGAAUUGGGCGACAUCUCCAUCAAGCUGAUAGAGGUCCGCGAUUGCACGGCCCCGGGGAUCCCUCCGAGGGAGCACAAGGUGGAGCGGCAGGUUUCGAGUUGGGCCUUGACGCUGACGCGGGAGGAGAAUUGGAAUGACAUGAUCGGCGACACUGGUCAGGAAGGCUGGACGGCGUCCAGGAAGCUCCAGUUGCCGCGACGGCUCCGCCAAUGCGUCCAGGACGUCAACCACCACGGCAUCAAGAUUCGACACAAGCUGAAGCUGGUUGCGGCACUUCACAAUCCCGAUGGACACGUAUCUGAGUUGCGGGCAACCCUACCGGUCUCCAUCUUCAUCUCCCCGAACAUGCCGCCAGACGAGCACGGUGUCCUCGUAGACCAACCCGGCACAUCAGCUCUAGCUCCACCAGAGGCCGACGCAAGCACCAUCGCGCCUCCGGGCUACGGCGAACACGUACUCGAUCAGCUAUUCGAAGAUGUCGACCAAAGCGGCUUCCAUACCCCUGCCAUCCAUUCGGGCGUCAGCAGUCCGUUCUACUCGCAGUCGCAGUCCCGCGCCGGGUCCAGCGAAAACCUGGCCGCGCUGAGUGGCAUGACGACUCUCAACGGCGUUCCCCCGGCUGCGCUUACUUCCCGACUCCAAAACGUUUCGCUCAACUCCACCAACCGCAACACGUCGGCCACGUCGCUCGCCGAUCUCGCGACGUCAGGAUCGAAUCCUGCCACGAACACGAGCCACCCUUCGCAGUCGGCGUCGGCCGCGCUCACCCGCCAAAACAGCGCGGAAGACAAUGGCGGCACCAACAACAUCGGCCACGGACAUCUCAACCCUCGUUCCGGCCGCGCGUCCCCCGAGCACGUCGAGUUUCUGGACGUCGCCAUGUUGAGCAAGGUGCCCAGCUACUCGACGGCUUUGCGGACUCCCGCACGGUCGCAGGCGGCCAGCGUGGGCGAGGCGCUUCCCGACUAUUCUGCCGCCAUGAGCGCGGCGUCGAGCGGGCCUUCGACGCCGAUGCUCCAAGGGGCGGGGGCGGGGGCGGGGCCGAAUAUGGUUGGCGUCCCUGCGGAAUCUUCGUCUCGCGACGAUGCCACGGUGCCACGAUCGGGGUCCAUGACGCCGCCGCGACGCCCGAGGCCCGGGUCGACCGGUAUCCACGACGUUUUGCAGCAAGCGCAGGGUCCGGAAGAACGGAGGCUGCAUCUCAUGCGGGCGCGCGACAGGGUUUAUUGACAGAUACCGCGAUCUAUACCCCAUGGACCCUCGGAACCGAAGACGUCCCCAGGACACCAGGGACACCUCUCCUCUUUUCUCUUUCAUCGACACCAUGGACGUUGAAUGAUAUGGGUAUAGCAUGGCUUCGGCGUUUGGGCGCUUGUGGGUUUUUACUGGGCAAGCUAUGGGAUACACGGAGGUGGGCUAUUGAUCUUUUUUCCUCGGGCACUCGUGAAAUUUGGUGGGGGAUCUGUUUUUGGGGGCGGGGGUAAAUCUUGGGAUGCAUGUAGACGUAGACUUGGCCGUAAGGCGAUCUUUUUUUUUUUUAUCUUUUUCUUCUUCAUCUCUCUCAUGAUAUCGGUGGCCAGUCCAUAGAAUUCUUCAGGAAUACAACUCUAAAAACGGCAAA